AUGAGAAGAACCACCUUCAAUCAUCUCUGUGAGAGUCUUCGUCAAAGGCUGACUCGACAGGAUACAAGAUACCGCCUGGCAGUGCCGGUGGAGUUGCGUGUGGCGAUAUGCUUGUGGAGGCUGGCCACCAAUCUUGAGCUCCGAUCUAUCUCUCACCUCUUUGGUGUGGGAAUGUCAAGUGCCCCUGCCAUCAACGACAUCAUAAAGCCACAAUACCUACACAUACCAUCAGCUGCAGAAGUCAGAGAAAUAGUCAGAGGAUUCAGUGACAGGUGGGGGUUUCCACAGUGUGCAGGAGUUGUGGAUGGCACUCAUAUUUGCAUCAUGGCACCACCUCACAACCCAGCUGACUACUACAACCGCAAAGGCUUCUAUUCAGUAAUCCUGCAAGGUGUUGUGGACCAAAAUAUGAAGUUUUGGGAUGUCAACAUCAGCUGGUCUGGGAGGGUUCAUGACGCCCGCGUCUCAAACUCGUCUCUUUAUGAACGAGGGCAGAAUGCAACACUAUUGGCAGGAUGGCAAGAAACCAUUCAGGGUGUGCAGUUGGUAGGUGUGGAGACCGCUGUGCAACCCAGUCACCAGGAGCUGGAGGUGGUGGAUGGUAUUGAGGAUUUUGGGGAGCACAGGAUGCUGAAUGGUGUAGAGCUUGGUUUUGCCUCUUGUACUCCUGAAUUCUUCCAGCAUCAUUGGCCCUCCUCUUUCUGCUAUGCCGUGGCGUCCUCCAGUGAUCCUCCAGUGUUCUGUGACAUCUGUGAUGAAAGAAAGCAGAAAGCUGUGAAGACCUGCCUGACGUGUCAAAGCUCUUACUGUGACUCUCAUCUGGAGCCUCAUCACAGAGUCCCGCGUCUAAAGAAACACACACUGAUCAACGCUGUGGAAAAUUUGGAGGAUUAUAUAUGCCAGAAACAUGCGAGACCUCUGGAGAUGUUCUGUAGAGAUGAUCAGACGUGUGUUUGUCUGUCCUGCACUGAAGGAGAACACAGGACUCACAACACUGUUCCUAUAGAGGAGGAGAGUCGAAAGAAGAAGGUAAAGAGCAAACAAGGAUAUCAAGGACAAUGGGCUGAAGAACAUGGAUACAGGCGCUCAGAAGCCGGUGGAGCCGGCAGAGCUGGUGACCACAACGACGAAGCAGAAGACCACCAGGACAGAUCAGACUGGUCUGAUGAUCCCCAUAGCGGAUCAGCCAGAAAGUUGACUGACGUUCCUCAGAUGAUCCAGGGCAGAACAAAGAAGAUUCAAGACAUCCAGCACUCAGUAGAUCUGAAAAAGAAAAACAUAGAGAAAAAGGAAUCCUCCAAUGUUGAGCUCUUCACUGAUCUGAUCCACUCCAUUGAGAGAUCCCGGUCUGAUCUGCUGAAAAUGAUAGAGGAACAGCAGAGAGCAGCAGAGAAACAGGCUGAAGAUCUCAUUAAAGACCAGCAGCAGGAAAUCACUGAGCUGAAACAGCUCUCACACACUGACGAUCAUCUCCAUGUCAUACAGAUGUGCUCAUCCCUGGACAGUCGUCCACACACUAAGAACUGGACUGAGACCAGGAUUGACUCUGAUGUGAAUGUGAACUACCUGUAUAGAGCUCUGGCUGAACUGAACAAAACUAAUCGGAAAUUAAAUGAAAAACUCAAUCAAACUGGGUUGAAGUUUGUGCAGAAGUUUGCAGUGGAUGUGACUCUGGAUCCUGAUACAGCGAAUCCAUCCCUCAUCCUGUCUGAUGAUGGAAAACAAGUCAGUCGUGGAGACGUUAAGCAGGACGUCCCAGAAAACCCAAAGAGAUUUAAUGUGGGUUUUCGUGUUCUGGCAAAGCAGGGAUUCAGUUCAGGGAGAUUUUACUAUGAGGUGCAGGUGAAGGGAAAGACUGUGUGGGAUUUAGGAGUGGUCAGAGAAUCCAUUAUCAGGAAGGGGAGGAUCAUACUAAAACCUGAGGAGGGACUCUGGGUUCUGUGUCUGACUGAUGAGAAUCAAUAUACAGUUCAUGAUAAUCCAGCAGUUAAUUUCCCUCUGAGAGUGAGACCUGAGAAGGUUGGUGUGUUUGUGGAUUAUGAGGAGGGUCUGGUCUCUUUUUAUAACGUCAAGUUCAGAUCUCAUAUCUACUCUUUCACUGGUCAGACUUUCACAGAGAAACUCUAUCCAGUGUUUAACCCAGGCCGUAAUGAUGAAGGUAAAAACUCAAGACCACUGAUUAUCACACCGUUAAAAUAA